AUGAAGAGAGAACCCACUCACCAGAUCCACUCAGUCCCCCCACUCAAAGAACAGGAAGAUACCAUGCCAGCAACAAGCGAUUUCGUUAAAAAGCUAUACAAAAUGUUAGAAGACCAUACCUUCUCCCAUGUCGUCUCAUGGGGACCACAAGGUGACUGCUUCGUCGUAAAGGACAUGAACGAAUUCACAAAAUCUAUCCUCCCACGCAUGUUCAAGCAUUCAAAUUUUGCCUCCUUCGUCAGACAACUCAACAAAUAUGAUUUUCAUAAAGUAAAAACAUCCGAUGAUGCCCAAUUUGGCGAACACAGCUGGACAUUCCGACACCCUGAUUUCCAUGCCGACAGACGCGACGCCCUCGAAAACAUAAAGCGCAAAGUCCCUGCUGCACGUAAAUCUAUUCCUUCCGCCUCUAACGGGGGUCUCAGCGGUGGCAGAGGAACAAGUUCCGGCAGCCCCGUCCCAGGCGAAACUACUAACGCCGAAAUAGCAUCUGUGCAAUCGCACAUCAGCAGUUUGAGGAAUCAAAUCGGGAGGGCUGAAGAGCGGAUUAGGGUGUUGGAGCGUCAGUAUGGGGACGUACUUGUUGAGAUGGUCAAUUUUCAAAAGGGGAUGGCGCAGCAGGAUGGCUUGAUGCAGGGAUUGAUACAGUAUUUUUUAGGGGAGGGAGGUGAGUGUCUUUGA